AUGGGUGGAAAGCAAUGGGCGAAAGAAGAGGAGCUCGUCUUCUGGAAGUUUGUCGUCCCCAAGUCGCCCAAGCGCGUCGGGGGAGAUAGACAGAAUCGCGAAAUGUCCUGGAAGGACUGCGCUGCCUGGAUGCAACGACGCAUGGCCAAAGUCUACAAAGAGCCUCGACGAAUCUACACUGAACUGUGUCUCUAUGGAGUCCGUCACGGUCAGGGCAACGGUGAGGCAAACGAUCAGGGCAACGGCCCGGGCGACAGCGACAAUAACGGCAUUAACGAAGAAUCGCACAUUCCUCAGCCUUUGGGCAACGCCGGACCCCCUAUCCCCAUGACACCAGCUCGCCCUCGGAGCUUGGCCACACAGAGGGCCAAAAACACCGACCAUCAAGAGGAUUCUCCCUCGUCGAUGUCCCCAUUCGCUCCCGGUUACAACAACAGCGAUGGUUAUGCAAGCAUUGGAAACCAGGCAAGCACUCCCAGUUACACAGGCUCGAGAGGAUAUGCCGACCACCUUGGUCAUCCUAAGCCCAGUAGGAUGUCUCUUGACCCCAGCGGCAGUUUGGCCGCUCCCACGAUGCCCAUGGCGCCCAUGGAUGAGGAGGAGCUUCCUUCUCUCGCGGGCCUUCGCACGGCUUCACCCUACAGCCACGAUAGUCCUGUUACCCCAGGACAAUACUCUGAGGUAAACUCGAGUCCGCCUAUGCAGAUGCCUCAAGCCAUGCGCCAUCAUUCGGUAAUCGAGAGGCAAGCUGCGAGUGCUGGCAUGAGUGUUCAGGACCUCCUGAAUAGCUCCCCAGCUAAACAACAUCCUUUGCCACAAGCCUAUCAGGGCUCUUCCCACGACGGUUACAGCAUUCAGAGCGGCUACAACUACUAUCCGGGUUGCGUUCAGGAUCUCGCCCAGGGAUACGACAACAGCUACUCCCCAAACUAUACAUCGAACUAUGGCCAGCCUUACGUCCAGGGAUACAAUGAUGACGUUCACAGCUACAAUCAAGGCUACGACUCAAGCCCCCAAGGACACAACAAUGGCAUUCAGGGCUACAACCAAGGCUACGACUCAAGCCCCCAAGGACACAACAAUGGCAUCCAGGGCUACAACCAAGGUUAUGAGUCAAGCCUCAGUGGACAUCCACCGAACCGCAUCGAUGAUGCGUCCUUCCCUACCCGAGCUGUUUCGAGCAAUGCCACCCGUUCGGCUCACGAGGGCGCGACUUACAACAACGAGUACCAGGGUUUCAACAGUGACAACAGCUACCAGAAUAGCAGUAUCCCUAACGGAAGUGGAGAGCAAUCAGCUGCAUACAGCCGUCGUGGUCCUCAGCGGUCCGUGAAUCGCGCCUGA